GUUUGUGUUUGCGGUCUCCGGUGCAGCGGCGGCAGUGUGUACAGGCUAUGGGCGAGGCAUGCUAACCGUUUAGCUAGAGUGACAUGGAGCGGUAACGAGUUGUUGUUUAACCCCUGGCGCCGGCUACCGUGGGCGGUAAAUAAAACCACGACAAAAUGAGCUCCCGGGACAGGUUUCGGUUGUAAAACACGGCGUUCUUUUACUCUUCAGACUGACUGUGUGGAGGAUGACGGUCCUGAACUUGUCCUUCGCUGCGUGUGGUUUUUUGGGGAUCUACCAGCUGGGAGCAGUGGGAGCUUUCCUCCGCCACGGAGACCGGCUGCUGGGAUCCCUCGGGGCCUGCGCCGGGGCAUCGGCCGGCGCCCUGGUGGCUGCCGUGUUGAUCACGGCACCCGACAAGUUAGAGGUACAAGGCAACGAAAUGCAGUUUGAGUCUAACCAGAAGUGCAAUAGCAGCAAGUGCAGGAUAUGCCAUGGUUCCAACUGUAAAGAGUUCACGUACCGGUUUGCUGACAGCGUGAGACGGCAGCCGCUUGGAGGCGCCACGCCGGGAUACGACUUCAUGCUCACACUACGGGAGGGGAUAGAAGAGAUUCUGCCCAGCGAGGCUCACCGUCUGGCCGCCGGCCGCCUCCACGUCUCCGUCACUAACUCCAGAAGUGGACACAACCAGAUCCUGUCCCGGUUCUCCUCCAGGGAGGAACUCAUCCAGGCUCUGCUGGCCAGCAGCUUUGUGCCGUUCUACGCAGGACUCAAACCGCUGGAGUUACGAGGACAGAAAUGGAUGGAUGGGGGGUUCUCCGACAGCCUGCCUAUUCUGCCGGUGGGACGAACCAUCACUGUGUCUCCGUUUGCCGGACUGCAGGACGUGUGUCCCGUCCACAGGGGGCGCUUCAACACUCAACUCGCACUGGCCAACAUGAACAUAAUGCUCUCCGUGGAAAACCUCAAACGUCUGAACCGGGCUCUGUUCCCUCCACCCAGCGCCGGCAUGCAGGCGUUGUGUGAAGAAGGUUUCAGAGACGCGCUGGGCUUCCUGAAGAGAGAGGACUGGAUGAGCUCAUGACGCUCAGUUUUAUUCUGCUAACAAGCCUGAAGCCAAGUACCUUUUAUGGAAACAGGACUAAGGAUUUUAUGGAUUUUCCUGUAUUUAUGGACUGUUUGUUUUUUAAUAAAAGGGGCUACCGGAGGAGUUUUGAGAUCUUUAGUCAAAAUAGACUUGUUUGAAUAAGUUAACACACAUAUCCAGUAUAAGAUUCACUAGAACCUGUGGUUUUUCUAAGUUACAAUGCUCCACAACUAUUUGGGGCGUAACAGGCUCUCUGACCGGCCACGGGGCAGGAAGAGGAGAGGGAGAGCGUCGGACAGAGACCCUGCAAAUACAUUCUGACAUGUAGAUCUGUCAGGUAUACUGGUAGGCCAGAAAAUAACAUAAAGGAGUCCUUUAGUUGAAGUUAAUCAUCUUUAGUUACAGCUCUGCAUAAGGACUCCGAUUCUCUCUCACCCUCUACCAACAGACAGUCUUUCAGGAACUGGGACCCGACUCGCUCAAACCCCUCACUACUUAUUCUCUCCAGCAAGCUUUCUUCUCCACCCUGGUUCGUCGUUAUCAGUUGGUUUCAUCCUAUCGUUGAAGCAAGGUCACGCAAAACACCUGGCUCCCCCACUCCCGGGUUUGUUCUUUAUCUUCUGCCAACCCAGGAGUGGAGUCGAGCUCACCCCGUGACCUGUACUUUAUCUUUGUACUUAUUAAAACACAGCUUCCUUGGCUCUCUCAUCUUCCCGAGCUAAGAGUCUUUAAUAAGCUCAAAUGAUUCCCCCGGUGUCCUGAUACCUUUUACCCUAUCAAUCCAGAUGGCCUUGUCCCGGUCAGGACCAGCAGAGACCCAGGUCAGCCCUGACCCUCAGGCUUCUUGUCCCACAGUGGUCACGGGCGCCGCCCUUUAAAAAAGAAAAGUAGUCAUAGUAGUAGUCGGGGGGGCCGAGACUGAUAUGGACAUGGAACAUAUCUACAUGGAAAAGUAUGCACCAAACUAGCCACUUUGAAAUGUAGCUGUUUUCAUGAAUGCAAAAGUUGGGUGACAGAGUAAAAAUAAGAAUUAAAAGACAUGACCCUCCCCAAAAAAUUCCGAAAUGGUCUCUUACCAAGGUUUGAAUCAUUAUUGUAUUAUAAAUUAUUUUAGUGCUCUCCUGCCCAUGUUGGAGGGUUAGGGUUUGUUAAAUGAUUUCAUUUGAAUGUACUGUUGUAGUUUACAAUCUGAUGUUUUAUUAUAAAGUAACCUAGCAACAAUAUCAUGUCCUCCAGGUCCAGCUGAGAUGAUGAUGUCAUCAAACACACGGCUGGUUCUACAAUGGGAGGAGAGGUCUUUACUUUUCAUACUUUACAUUCCGUGAUGAUACUUUGACACUUUUACUGAAGUAACAUUUUCACUGCAGGACUUUGACUUGUAGCAGUUCUUUAACGGUGUGGUUUUAGUACUUUAACUUCAAAACCUCCAGCGCUGAAAGUUGUUUUUUUGUGCGACAUCACGCAGCAUCUCAACACCCUGAAUGUAAAACUGUAGGGACGCAAAUAGAACAUUUAACAAAACUGCUUCUGUAGAUCGUGUUCUUCACAGUCAGUCUUCUCCGUUGCCAUCAGUACCUUGUUACUUUUUACCUGCCACUCGAAGUCUUUUAUCCCUUUGGCUAUUCAACUUUUAAAUGCAUGAAAUCUAUUUUUUAUUAUUUUUCUAUCUGCUCUGUGUGUGUAUGUGUUACGUAGGUGUGUGUGUUGUCUGUAGCUGCUCUUAGCUAAUUGCCCCUUGGGGGAUUAAUAAAGUUGUUGAAUUAAACAAGAAACAUUUCAAUCCUUUUUUACCGAUCGUUAUCAUAAACUACGUUAUCGUUCACCUGCCAUCGUCGGAGAAUGCUUGUUGGAUGAUUUGAUUUGAACGUACCGUUGGCA